AGCUGGCACAGUUUGUGGCUCGCAACGGACCAGAGUUCGAGCAGAUGACGAAAAACAAGCAGAAGAACAACCCAAAGUUUGGUUUCCUGUUUGGCGGAGAGCACUUCAACUACUAUCAAUACAAAGUGACUACAGAGCAAGCCAGUAAGUGGGAUACAGCCCCUUAACAGCUACAACAAUUGAGAAGCAUAAUGGCCAUGCUUUAUUCGACGAACAAGGAAUGACUUUGAAAAAGAGAUACGGGUGAAAGGGUCUGAAUUCGUCAUAGUGAACAUACAAAACUAUUAUUCAUCGAAUAUGAGAGCUUCAUUUCAAGAUUUUGGGAUUGCUAUUUAUUAAGCAGAAUGCUUUAGCUAAAGACAUAUUCUAUUUCUUGGCAAUGGUGAUUUUAAGAAGAUGUAGUUUUAAGAUUCUUACUGGAGCUUAUCUAAUACGGACUACAUUGUCAAUAUAUUGUUCUUCAAUCUAUGUGGGAACUAUAAUCCAUCUACAAUAACUAUAUACCCUGUAAUACCCUAGUACUGUAAAAAAAAAUAUAUGUAUACCUAUAUGUAUACAUAUAUAUGUAUAUAAAAACAGGGAAAGAGUAUAGUGCUCUCAAAAGACUUACUGAAUUUUCGAUAUACUUCUCUCAUAAAUGCCAAGAAUUUUAUUAUGCACUGGUAGAAGAUAAAAGUCAACAGAAAUUGGACUAUUUGUAUACUUUUUCAAUAUCCAUUGAAGGAAUCAAACAUCUUACAAUAAUCCACCGUCAUUCGUUUACAGUUUUAAAGCAAAAAGGAAUAAAUCCAAUGCAAAAUGCAGACCCACGUUUAAACGUUUCGCAGCAGCAGCAAACAGCCGCUACCGUCGCUCAGCCACUGAAUAACGUCAAUCUUGCACCUGGCCUAAAUACUCAGAACAAUGGAUUAAACCCAGUAGUGGGAAUUGGACCAGUGGGAAAUCAAGGUGGUCCCGUUAUACCUGGAGUACCUGGACAAAUUGGAGCGCCAGGGAAUGCAGGACUACCAGUUGGACCAGUUCCUGGUGCUAUGGGAGGUGUGAAUCCACCUAUUGCUGGAGUUACGCAACCAGUUAACAUUGGGGGCCCACCUGGAUGGCUUCAAAAUGAGCUAGCAAAUCUUCAAUCGCAGCAGACCACGCUACAGGAUCAAAUCAGACAAUCGGAGCAAAAUCUGGCUGCACAACAUGCUGCACUGAUGGCACAACAACAAGGAAGGGUUGAGGAUACUGUUAGACAAGCUCAAGAAACAACAUUGCAAAACAAUGCGCAAAAUACAAACACAGAUCUUGCUGCAUUCGAUACAGUGUUACAACCUAUUAUAGAUAGCUGCACUAAAGACAGCAUAAGCGCAGGAAAAGCCUGGAUACUUCAAAACUCAAUUACUCCACAAAGUAAUCAAGUUGUAGCAGAUCAUUUGUUGAAAAAAGUAAUUCAGGCAACAAAUUUUGGUCAUAAACUUCAUAUUAUCUAUUUGGUCAAUGAUGUCUUGCAUCAUUGUGCAAGAAAAAAAUCUAUGGAUCUUCGCAAGGCAAUGGAAAGUGUUGUUGUUCCCAUGUUCUGUAACACUUCACUAGCUGCAUCAGACGAACAACUUAAUAAAUUAAAUAAGCUAUUAAGUUUGUGGGAGUCAAAAAAUAAUUACUUUGAUGAAGGAAUUAUAGAUAAAUUGAAACAACCAAGUUCAUCUUGGUCUGAAUAUCAGGCUAAUCUGGUUGCGCAACAUGCCAGUGCAAUUACACCAAUUACAACAUCGACGAAACAAACCUUCGAUAAUUAUCAAGCACAACAUCAAGCGUUCGUUACUCAUGCUUUACGACAAAUUCAGAAUAUCGAGCAACAGAAAAUAGCAAUUGACCAACAAUUGAAAGCCCCACCUCCACCACCACCACAAUUGAACCAACAGAAUAUGUCUCUACCACCUAGUCAUUCCGGCCCUCCUGCUCCGAUCGGCACAGAUGUAAAUUUCAGUCAGCCACCGCCUGGAUGGGGUGUACCUCCCGGAAGUGAACCUCCGCCAUUCACGAAUGUUCCGUUACCAGAUUUUUCAAAACCUCCACCUGGGUUUGGUCCACCGCCCGUUAUACACGAACCUUCCGUUGAAGACUUAAUGCCUAGUAUGCCUUACUAUGAGCUUCCUGCUGGUUUGAUGGUACCCUUAAUAAAGUUAGAAGACGCCGAAUAUAAACCCUUGGAUCCAGAUGCUAUUAGGCUCCCACCACCUGCCCCGCCAAGUGAUCGGCUAGUUGCAGCUGUAGAAGCAUUCUAUGCACCGCCAAAUCACGACUCACCUCGCGACAGCGAUGGAUGGGAGAAAUUAGGUUUAUACGAGUAUUACAAAGCAAAGAAUGCUGCACGUAAACGUAAGGAAGAGGAUAUAAUAGCUGGUAUAAGGCAAAAGUCGAGAUCACCGUCGCCAAUUUUGAGGCCAAGGUCCAAAAGUCCUAGUCCACCAAAGAAACGAUAUCGAAGUAAAUCGCGAAGUAGAUCACGAUCGAGAUCGAGGGGUAGGAGCAGAUCCAGGUCUCCCACAACUAACCACAGACGGAACAGCCGUAAUAGCAAUCACAAUAACAGAAGCAGAAGGAGGAGGAACAGCAACAAGGAUCGAAGUCCUGACAGGCGGAUGGACAGGCAGGAUCGAAGUCCAACUCCGCCCAGCUUCCUUGGUUCAACGUACAGCAAAGCUCCUCAAGAAAUUAGUCUUGACGAAAGUAACAAAGGUCAUCAGUUACUCAAGAAAAUGGGUUGGAGUGGUGCGGGACUUGGUGCCAAUGAACAGGGUAUCGAAGCUCCCAUUUCGGGAGGUGAAAUUAGAGAUAAAAACGAUCAAUAUAAAGGCGUUGGUAUAAAUUUAAACGACCCGUAUGAGAACUUUAGAAAGAGCAAAGGUCAGGCAUUUAUUACUAGAAUGAAAGCGAGAGCGGAAGAACGUGCUGAAGAAAGAGGCGAACGGGACUGAAUAUAAUCGAGUAAGAUAACUGAAUUGUCUGUAAUCCUUUCGGCGACAGGUAUAAUUAUCGCGUACAGUGUGAAUUUUGCUCGCGUUGGUCCCAUAGUCGACACAAUGUGGACAGUUCGCGAGAUUGAUUUUGGGGAUCCAUAGUGUUUUUUGAUUACUGGUAAACGGAUAAAUUUUCCACCCGUUUCUCAUUUAACUGUACUACAAUUACAUAAUAGUUGUUUAUCAUUGAAAUUGCCAAAUUACACAAAUGUAUGUUAUCAAAUUGUAUAUUCUCGUUAGGAAUAACAAUCGAUUAUUUUAUAUUUUAAUACUUUAAACAAUCAGGAAUAAAUCUUCUCAAUACUGUGUCGAUCAUCUGUAAGGACAAAAAUCUUUUAUCUGUAUAUUUCCGUGUGAGGAAAAUACAACGAGUGAAUGGUGAGAAAGAGGACAAUUGUUUAUAAUAAUGAUUCUUCGUCAGUUUAUGAAAAAGAGAUGAGAAUCACAGGAAGUUUACGAUAUCGCGUGCACCACAAGCUGCUGUUAGUUACUAAAUUGAAUUUUCGUGGUGUGUAAUAUGAAAAGAACAGUUUUAUACAUUCAUUGUACAUUAUGUACAAAACUCUUCGAUCUUUGGUAAAGUUACCGUUAAUAAUAAUAAUAAUAUUAAUAAUAGAUAAAUUGUCUAUUAAUAACAAUGUGAACAACUUGAUGAAAAAUGUAACUUUAGACGUACCAAUACGACAGUUUAAUCAUAUUAAAAAAAAAGUCGUUUUCUACGGAAUCAAAGUCGACCAAUUGCGCAAGUUAUCGUCCAUCAUGAACUUAAGAUACGCUUACGUUUUAAUUGUAUCCCACAUGACACCAUACUGGAGUUCGUACUCCUCCCAUGUGAAAUUAUAAACUAAUUCACCGAACGUUAAAUAAACGAUUGUAUCUUGUCCGUCUACGGGAAUAAGAGAACACAAUUGUGCGCGGAGAUAUCAUACGCGCGCAAUAGAAAUACGGAACUAAACAAAGUACUUGUAUUUAGGAAAUUAAUAAAUGAUUAUAUUGGAUACAUAAGGAUAAUUCAACAAACGGUGUACAGUUUAAUGCGAGAAAGGAAAAGUAAUAAUCAAAAGAUCUAAUUAGAAUUACCACGACUUCGAUGCAUAAUUGACGUACACUCAAACUCCACAGAACUGUUGAAGAAAAAAUCUCCGAGAAAAUUUAAUUAAUUGAUAAUAGAGAUAUCCCAGAAUAACAGCUUUCCUCCGAUUAUUUUUAAGCCUUUGUUUAUCAUCGUGUCGAUUGAUGAAAAAGGCAAACCGAAAAAUCUUUGUAACUAGCUAAGAACGUCAUUGUUAAUCAUGAGUUGCCUUCUUGAACUCCCCCAGCGACAGUCGAUAUCGAAACCGAAUAAAUCCAACAGUGAACCGGUUUCGCUACGAUAACAGUCCCGAGUACUCGCUUGAUGGCGUAAACAAAGCUGGUCUGGUGUGUGCGUUCUUAACAGCCAUCGUACAAGGUCGUCAAAGCGUUGAGAUAUUCUUUUUGUGUCACGUGAUAUUUUUCAUUCGGUCGUUCCGCGUGAAACCUAUACAAAAGAAAUAUAACGAUACCUUCACGUAUUUUUAAGUACGAGGAGAUUGUUAAUAUUUAUUCGAUAAUAGGCAGAUGUUUGUAAUCCUCCAAAUCUCAACUCUGAUUCAUCGUUUGUUCCCUUUGGCCAUAAAUAUUCUGAUUCGCGACAGACGUGUAAUAUCGACUGAUAAUAAUUCUCGCGUGUUCAGACGAUGAUUUUGCGGUAUCAUCAAGGGGCAGAGGUAGGCACAAUUUUAGAACCUAGGGUAUAUUGUUUGCACAGUGUUUAUUCGAGCAAACAGACAAGAGACAAAUUUCUGUGUCCCAGAUUUAUAGAAAAACAAUUUUUGUUAUAUUUAUUUCAUUUAGUUCCAAAGUAGGUUUUAUUGUACAAAUGUAAAGUUAUUAUUUAAACAAAAAUUUUUUGUAUUCAGUUUUAAUAUUAAUUGAGUGAUUAAAAUUUGUAUUCAUUGAG